CUUUCUCUCUCCCCAGUUCCAAGCCGCAUUCUUUCCUUUUUCAUGAAAUAUGACACCCGCACGACCAGACCUCCCUUCGACCCCGCUCUUCCCUCCCACCUCCUCCCCGGCAAAACAAACCCCAACACACGCGACACCCACACCCCUCUACUCGAGCGAAGGUCCCACCCUGCCCAUCAUUGGCGCACCUUUCCCCGAGCUCGCCGCGACGGCCCAAGAAGACGAGCGGGGAUGCAAGAGGAGGAGGACCGGGGAUAUCGGACCGUACACGAUUUCCUCGCUGAAGGAUAGUAAUUUCAGCAGUAUUGAAGGAACGGAAACGAAGACACAGGCGUGUUCCGAUAACACGGACACGCUGCCGUCGAAACAACCACCACAGCACCGACCCUUCGAGACCCAAAUGCGGAAUUCGGCCUUGGCACCCUUAUACGAACCGUGGGAUCUGCUGCCAGCGGCGCUGCAGACCUCGCUGAGGACGCGAAUUGGCAGCAGCAGAGAUGUCCAGCUCGAGCGGCACGUCAUUCCCAUUGCGUUUACGAAGAACCAGAACUUCAAAGCGGGUGUGAAUAAGAUAAAAGCGGCUCUGGAUGCGGUCAUGCUUGGGGGAAAGAAGGAGGACGGGAACGAGGAGGGGGAUAGAGUCAUUGCGGUGAGUGCGCAGGGAGAGGGCACGACGAAGUUGGUGGGGAUUGUGGAUGUUGCGAGGAGGGUUGUGCAAGAGGAGAGAGAGGGGUCAACGACGUGGUAUUGGUAUACGGCGUUGACGAGCCGAGUGGAUGACGGGGCUGGGAGGAAGAAGAAGAGGCAGAAGGAGCUUCAGGAAAGAGGCGUCGAUGGAAUGGACGAUGAAUCAGAGGACGAUUUUCAGACCUUGGGAGCUGUGCAAAAGGCCGAUGCGCUGGAAGAGAAGGCCAAGAUGCGGAGGGUCCCGAUCCUCACCGUGUGGAUGUCCACGAAGCAGAUGCCUGGGUUCAAGGACGCUUAUGGAGAAGAGACGGUCCGUGUGGCACCCUGAGGAAGCAUGGUAGGGUUGGUCAGCCUGAGAGAAUCUUGAGUUUGUCGGGAUGCGGUUUUCUACAGCAUACCAAUGCACAUGGCUCCGAGCCUUUGAAGAGAUGGCUUCGUCCUAAGAGAGACA